AUUUUAUGACAGCACUUACAAUUUUCACGUUCGUUUUCAUACAAAGAACCCUAAACAGAGACAUACACAGAAAACCAUCACCAGAUAAACAUGUCGGGAGUGGGCCCUCUUUCUCAGGAUUGGGAACCCGUCGUCCUCCGUAAGAAAGCUCCCACCGCCGCCGCCAAGAAGGACGAGAAAGCCGUCAACGCCGCCCGUCGCUCCGGCGCCGAUAUCGAGACCGUCAAGAAAUUUAAUGCUGGGACUAACAAAGCUGCCUCUAGCAGCACUUCAUUCAACACUAAGAGGCUGGAUGACGAUACAGAAAGUUUAGCUCAUGAGCGUGUCCCAACUGAACUCAAGAAGGCGAUAAUGCAAGCUAGGAUGGACAAGAAACUUACUCAGGCUCAGCUUGCUCAAAUAAUCAAUGAGAAGCCUCAAGUGAUCCAAGAGUAUGAGUCAGGGAAGGCAAUUCCAAACCAGCAGGUUAUUGGCAAGUUGGAGAGAGCCCUUGGAGCUAAACUGCGUGGCAAUAAAUAAGGAACCUUUUCUCAUCAUGCUUGUGCUCUAGAUUUGCAUGCCACUGUCGAAGAGUGUUGUGUUUGUGUUUGUGUUUGCGUUUGCGUUUGCUCUCUAAUUGUGUAUAUUAAUUAUUAAGACAUAUAUAUGGUUGAGUAUGCUGGGUCUCAUCUGUUCGAAUAAAUAAAUUAAGUUGCAGUUCAGCAUGGAUAAAGUUGUGUAAAUGGAGUGGAAAAAAGAGAAGAAGAGAGAGAAAGGAAAAUAUAUGGUGGAUGAUAUGAUGGCAAGAGAAGAGAGAUUGUUAGGAAGCGAGAUGUAAAUGAAAUUGAUUGUGAAUGAAUCAUAGCUCUUUGGUUAAACCCUCCUUUUUAGCAGGGAAUGUAUGGAAUGAUUGGUUUAUAGAGAAAGUCUUUAUAGCA